UUCUAGGCUGGAUGUGUAUUGUCUGUCAGUGAGGAGAAUAGGGAAAGCUUUACCGGCUGCUAGGCAAUAAUAGGCAGACUUUAGGCAGUAUAUUUGACAGAGUGGUCACGCCGAGAGUUAUUCCAAACAACAGGGCAAGGAUCUGUCCUCAACACUUCAGAUAUUGGACGUUUUAAUUUUCUAAUGAGUGGCGGGGGCUCUUUCUGUUCCCGUUUGCCGAUCACAGGGAGGAAGAUAGCCCCUUUCGGCGAGGGGGAGUUUGGUUUGGAGGAUAUAAAGACGGCCGGGUGGCUGGUCCAAACGUUACCCGACGGCGCUAACUGUCAACCUGGAAGGAUAGCAACGAGACUGUGAUAUCGGAUACAAGUGAAAGUGACUAUACAUCGCCUCUGUCAUCCUGAAGUGACACAUUUCACUCAGACGGGAGCGCUGGAUGUGAAAGCAGGUGGGCAGAAUGUUCCAGCUCCCUGUCAAUAACCUGGGCAGUCUGCGGAAAGCAAGAAAAAAUGUUAAAAAGGUCCUUGGAGAUAUUGGUUUGGAGUUCUGCAGAGAUCACUUAGAGGACUACAAAGACUAUACUCCUCCAGAGGUGUACAUAAAGCACACUACCUGGGAAGAUGUGUGCAUGUGGGAACCUUCACAUACCAAAGUCCAGGACUAUAGAUCAAAACCUUUCUGCUGCACUGGCUGCCUCUUUUCCUCCAAGUACUUCUCUGCAUACAAGAGCCACUUCCGCAAUGUCCACAGCGAAGACUUUGAGAACAACAUCCUGCUCAACUGCCCCUAUUGCACUUACAAUGGCAACAAAAAGACUCUGGAAACCCACAUCAAACUAUUCCACAUGCCAAACAAUGCUGUGCGGCAAGGCGCUGGUGGAAUGGUGGCGGGAGCAGGAGGGAUGAUGAUGAAGGAUGGGUUGCUAAAGAGGACUGGGGACAGCGUGGAACAGGCCGUAUACUAUUGUAAGAAGUGCACCUACAGGGACCCUUUGUACAAUGUAGUCCGAAAGCACAUCUACAGGGAACACUUCCAGCAAGUGGCUCAGCCCUACAUUGUAAAACCAGGAGACAAGUCAAAUACUCAGAAUGGCGGCACAGCAGGGGCUACAGGGAAUACAGAGAGUAAUAAAACAAACAAUGUUAACACUAACCAGAUUCACUGCAAGAAGUGUCUGUUUGUUCCACGGACCUAUGAAGCUCUUGUUCAACAUGUCAUAGAGGACCACGAGAGGAUUGGCUACCAGGUAACAGCCAUGAUCGGACACACCAGUGUGAUUGUCCCUCGUCCCAAACCUGUUAUCAUGAUCCCCCCGAAAACCCAAGGUGACAAAACCAUCAUUGGGAUGGGCCCUAAAGGUGCCGUAAUGGCCACUACCAGGACUCCUGGCCCACAGCAGCUGGGUCGUCUUGUCAUCCCAUCUAAGACAGGCUUCAACUCAAGUCUUUUAUCUGGGCUGAAACAUGAUGCUGUUAGACUGAAACCUGGGACCACCCAGCCAUUUUCUCUUGGCAGCCAGCAAGUGAGGGUAACUUUACCAGGCAAUGCCCAGGUUUCCAUGCCCCAGCAGUCACAUGCUGCCAAGCAGCUUAUUCCUGGUGGCAACCUGCGGAGCCAAGUUGUGGUCAGUGCCUCUUCCUCUCUCAAAUCCAACCCCUUGGGUUCACGUGUCCAGGCAGCAGCUACUACUGUAGCUUCUGUCACUGCUAAAAAAGGUGGCUCCUCAGUCCUUGGCACGUCUUAUACCCAGAAGUGGAAAAUCUGCACUAUCUGCAAUGAGCUCUUUCCAGAAAAUGUGUAUAGUUCUCAUUUUGAGAAAGAGCACAAAGCAGAGAAGGUGCCAGCUGUAGCAAACUACAUCAUGAAGAUCCACAACUUCACCAGCAAGUGUCUCUACUGCAACCGCUAUCUCCCAAGUGACACGUUAUUAAACCACAUGUUGAUUCAUGGCUUGUCUUGCCCACACUGCCGUGCAACUUUCAAUGACGUUGAGAAGAUGGUGGCUCACAUGCGUUUGUCCCACCCAGACGAGAGCGUUGGCCCACGCACAGAUUCUCCCUUGACCUUUGACCUCACUUUGCAGCAGGGUAGCCCCAAAAAUGUUCAGUUGAUUGUUACUACCUACAACAUGAAAGAUGCCCCAGAGGAAUCUGUGGCAUUUCACGCUCAAAACAACACCACCACCUCUGUCCCAUCAGCCUUGUCUGCCUCUCUUAUAUCAGGAAAGAGGUUAAUGCCUCAACAUCCGCCCAAAACGCCUUUAGCAACCGCUGACAGUGCACCAACAAAGAGUAUCACUCAGGCAUCUGUGCCCUACAAGAGGGAUGUAGGCAAGACACUUUGUCCUCUUUGUUUUUCAAUUCUUAAAGGCCCAAUCUCAGACUCACUGGCCCACCACCUGAGAGAUAGGCACCAGGUGAUUCAAACAGUCCACCCUGUGGAAAAGAAACUGACCUACAAGUGUAUUCACUGCUUGGGGGUUUAUACGAGCAACAUGACUGCCUCCACCAUCACACUACACUUGGUGCACUGUCGAGGUGUUGGGAAAUCCCAGAAUGGACAGGAAAGCCGGGCAGCUCAUUCUUCUCGUGUCAGCCAGAACCAGAACAUCUCACUCAAACGGGCCAACUUUGAAAGCUCUGACUCCACUGCGCCAAAACGAAAGAGGCGCGGGCCCCCUGGGGAAAAGGCCCACCCACGGGAUUACAACGGUCUUUGUACAUUUUCAGAGAACUCUGAUGAACCUGUAACUUUGGCUCUUGAUCCCAAAGGACAUGAAAAUGAGUCUUAUGAAGCUAGAAAGGCAUUUCUCACACAGUAUUUCAAUCAAGCACCAUACCCCACACAACGGGAGGUAGAGAAGCUUGCAGCAAGUCUCUGGCUAUGGAAGUCAGACAUCUCUAGCCACUUUGUAAACAAAAGGAGGAAGUGUGUACAGGAAUGUGAAACUCAAGAUGCUAAUGUGUUGCUUGGUUUCAGUAUGCAUGAGCUCAGCAAAGUAAGACAUGAGCUAGCAUUUGCUAUGGACGGCACGUUUGAGGGCAGACAAAGCAAGAGGCGUACAUCUAGGACACGUAUUGGGUUGUCAGAGCAGGCUCUACAAAGACACAAAGAGCUUGUUGCUGCUAAUGGUGGUGUUGCCCCACUAAGAAAAGGGCAGCCAAUUGUGGAAGGCACUAACGUACCCCCAUCUGCCCUUAAACCCAACAAUGCCAGCAGAGACCAACCGAAGACAAUCAGCAGCACCUUACCACAGAAAAUGCCUCUAGACCUUUCUGAGCCCAUCGCCAUUGACUCUGACAGUGAUGAGGAAGAGCAGCAGAGGGAUAACAAGGAAGAAGACGGAGAGGUACAUCUCCAUGGUAACCAACAGCUUACUGGAGCUAAAGAAAGAACUGAGCCAAGGACAGGGGCUAAGAUUGUUUCAGAUCUUGAUGAUUUGUCAGAUGAUGAUGAGGACGAUGAUGAUGAUGAUGAUGAAGAUGAUGACGAUGAUGAUGACGACGAUGAUGAAGGGGUGCACGUUGAGAAUGGAUUUGGGCCUACGAUGGGCUCAGGAAGAGUGGAUGCUAAAGGAAGAGACACUCUACCCAUCAUAAUUCCCAAGUUUGUUCCAUCAUCUGCAAGAGGCGGGGGGGACAGGGCCCAGCUUGGCAAACAGCAGGUUUGACUGCUAAAAUCACAAAGACUCAGAGAGACACUUUAGUUUUGAUUCACGCCAACAAAUCUGCCUCGCUUGAACUGAAGGACAGUGCCUGGUGACACUGGGUAUUUGUGAAAUAAAACGAGAGACCACAACUUGAGUCACCUUAAAAAAGCCAUCAAAUGACAUUUAUGGGUAGGACUCAACAAGCGGCCAAGAUUAAUUAAUGUAAAGAUUUGUAAACAAAGUUUUAAUGUGUUUCCUCCAGGGUGAGGGGGGUGCAAAGAAAAAAAGUGAAGUUACACCAAACAAAUAGAAAGUUUUUUGCCUUCUAUAUUCUUUAUUACAUUGAGAUAAGGAGUUGUUAUUGUUGAUUUAGCCACUGAACUUGUAAGAGUGGCUGAAAAUAUUCAUUAAUUGUGAGGUAAAGCUUUUGAGCUGGCCUAAUAAUCCAUCAUUUUUCCUUCUACUAAGAUGGGUAAUGUAAAUUUGUACAGUCUUUUAGAUGUGUUUGGACACAUGUUGCCGUACAUGUACCCUUAAAUAUUUGCUAUUACCUGUGUGUAAGGUAGCCUCACACAUUCUACAUUGGUAUGCUUAAUGCUAGGUGUUGCUUUGGUGGCUGGUAUUUUCCUUUAAGUUUAUUUUUUAACAAGAAACCUAGAAGUUUUUUGCAAAAUAAUAUAUCUAUAUAUAAAUCAAAUAAUAGAUCUUUUUUUUGCUCUUAUCUUGAUUGGAUUUUAUUAUUUCUUUUUUAAGUUUUUGGUUCUGACCGAAUACUGGCACUGAAUUUUCCUCUUUCCCUUACAGUGUUAAGGACCGUUUCAUCAUCUUUUGCAGCCUUAUGCUCACUAGCCUUGACUUGACUCUUCUUGCUCUCUGUUUUCAGUUCAGAUAGUUCUUUUCCGCUCAAAGUUGGAUGUCACUAUCGUGACUUCAGCUAUAACGUUGAAGCCUUCUUUUCCCAGAAAACAGCUGUAUUCAUUAUAUGUUCUAUGAAUUGUGCAUAUUUGUUUUGUUUUCAUUUUUCACUUAAGCAUUUAUGAACAAUAAAGUGCUGUAAUUGUGCUUCUCACUUAA